CCUACAAAAUAACUUUCCCAGUGUUUUCUCGUACCAGCUUUGCUAAUUUGCUGCAGAUGAAGCAGUCGACAAUGACGAAGAAAAACAGCGAUGGUGCUGCGCAAAGAGCAUGGAGGCUACUGCGUCUGUUAUUGUUAUGGACGAGAAAAAGUGGGGUUUUCAAGAGACGGCUUGUAAUGGAGCUAAGAUCGGUGCCGAAGUUCCUCAAAGGUCUCGGACAUGCCACGGCGGCUUCCCCUCAUCAAAUCAAUUUCAACGAACGACAGCUCUCCUUCGAUGAGACACCCAUCUUCCAUGUCAAGAUGCACCGUCCAGCUUCCAUGCGCUUCCUUCUUCCUUGCAUUAGCCCCGAGGAAGUGGAUUUCGAUUACGACUUCGGCAUCGAUGGAGAUGACGGGGUUUACAGGUACGAUAGUGGAAGCAAGAGCAACUCAACGGGAGAACAAGGAAGACAGAAAGAGGCAGAGCGUGGAAACGACAAGAGUCCCUGUCCGCCAGAGGAAGAAGGGAUUGAUUCCAAGGCGGAUAAGUUCAUAGCACAGUUUUAUGAGCAGAUGAAGUUGCAGAGACAGAUUUCUUAUUUGGAAUACACUGAAAUGCUUAACAGAGGCGCUAGUUAGUUG